UAUUAAACAAACAAAAAAAGGCUCUCAUACCAUGAUUAGGCUUGUGAUUGGUUGACAGGGCCUUCAAUCAUCCGAUGGCUCCGCCCACCUUUAAGAGCCCACAGGAAGAAGGCGCCCCCCCCCCCCCUCCCGCCUAAUGUAGUUGUUAGCGCGGCAAUUAGCCUCCUCCUUUGUCCGCCCAAACACAACAAACCCGCCUCUAUGUCGUAAAUUGGACACUUUUUUAAUGGCGUACAACGGCCACCAGUGCGACGAUGACACCGCCGAACAGGACGAGACGCCUGCGAAGCGGCCGCGCUCCGACGGAGCCGCGCCCGGCCGCCUCCGAAGCGACGCCGACGGACGCGCCUCCUCCUCCGGCUCCGUCUCCCACGCGACGCCGAGGCUUCAGAGCGACUCGGUGAAGAAGAGCAGGCCACCCUUCCCCUGGUUCGGCAUGGACAUCGGCGGCACGCUGGUCAAGCUGGUCUACUUUGAGCCCAAAGACAUCACGGCGGAGGAGGAGCAGGAGGAGGUGGAGAACCUGAAGAGCAUCCGCCGCUACCUGACGUCCAACACGGCGUACGGCACCACGGGCAUCAGGGACGUGCACCUGGAGCUCCAGGAGCUGACGCUCUGCGGCCGCACGGGAAACCUCCACUUCAUCCGCUUCCCCACGCAGGACCUGCCCGCCUUCCUGCAGAUGGGCCGCAACAAGCACUUCUCCAGCCUGCACACCAGCCUCUGCGCCACCGGGGGGGGCGCCUACAAGUUUGAGUCCGACUUUCGCACGAUGGCCGACCUGCAACUCAGCAAGCUGGACGAGCUGGACUGUCUGAUCCGCGGCGUCCUCUACAUCGACUCGGUGGUGUCCAGCGGCCCGUCCGAGUGCUACUACUUCGAGAACCCCGCCGAGCCGGAGGGCUGCGUCCAGAGGCCGUACACCCUGGAGAACCCCUAUCCCCUGCUGCUGGUCAACAUCGGCUCCGGCGUCAGCAUCCUGGCCGUCUACUCUGAGAGCGACUACAAGCGCGUCACCGGGACCAGCCUUGGAGGAGGAACCUUCCUGGGUCUGUGCUCCCUCUUGACGGGAUGCUCCACGUUUGAGGAAGCUCUACAAAUGGCAUCGCAGGGCGAAAGCACCCGCGUGGACAAGCUGGUGCGGGACAUCUACGGAGGAGACUACGAACGCUUUGGACUGCCAGGAUGGGCGGUGGCCUCCAGUUUCGGCAACAUGAUGUCCAAAGACAAGCGGGAGUCCGUGUCCAAGGAGGACCUGGCCCGAGCGACGCUGGUCACCAUCACCAACAACAUCGGCUCCAUCACCAGGAUGUGCGCGCUCAACGAGAACAUCGAGCGCGUGGUGUUUGUGGGGAACUUCCUGAGAGUCAACACGCUCUCCAUGAAGCUGCUGGCCUACGCCAUGGACUACUGGUCCAAAGGUCAACUCAAGGCUCUCUUCCUGCGCCACGAGGGUUACUUUGGAGCCGUGGGAGCACUUCUGGAGCUGCUGCAUCCGUCCUGAGGCAUCUGGAAGAAGGUCCUCCAACCAGCACUUUACUCUUUAUGGUCCACAGUCACGAGGGACAAGGUGACCCACGUCCCGCUCCCUGGCAGGGGGUGUCCAAACCUUUCCCAGCCAGAAGCACCAGGUCCACGUUGAUACAAUUUGUAUAUUAAAGAUGCUAAAUGAAUCCACUGUAGGUGAAAAUAUGCCAAGUUAUUACAGGUGGCGAUGCAAAUGAAUGUAAUAUCAUGGCGCUAAUCAAUCAUUAGAUUUUUAACAAAUAUCCCCAAACUUGUCUCACUCGUUAAUGCUGCGCAAUUAUAGUUUUUAUGUGACAACGUUUAUGGUUUUAUAUUAACAUGUUAUUAAUCAUAACUACUAUGUCAACAUCUCCCCAAACCUGUCCUAUACGUUUGUGCUGCAAAAAAAACAAAAACUAUUAUAGUUAUAAUAAUAAUUAAAGCUGCAAGCAGCGUUGGUCGGGCCCGCAUAUUUGGCAGGUGCUAGUCCUAAGUGUCCCAAUACUUUUGUUCAGUUUUCGUCAUAAGUGUCCCAAUACUUUUGUCUACUUUUAUUCCGAAUUGUCCCAAUACUUUUGUGUAGUGUACCUACCUUGUCUGCAUUGUGUGGGCACGCUGGUGCUUCCUGCUUUUAAGCAGCCUUCUUGAAAAAACAGCAGCAUCAGCGCAGCGGCUCUUUGAAGGCUCAUAAAAUCAAAACCGGAGCCGGUAUUAAAACUGUUUCGAUAACUUUUAAUCAGAAGGGUUCAAUCUCUGUCCUGUGUUAGUUUGAAGCCGAAACGACAAACACGCUCAGAGGAGAUAAUGUUUGAAGAAAGGUGACCGGUUUUUACAAAAAUGUUGUGUUGAAGGGGGAAUAGCAAACUUCCUGUAGAUUUUUGCUGGGGGUUGUCAAUUUAUGAAAUGUAGGGCUAAGUGAGACCUACAUAGAGGUUUUUGUUUCAUGUCUCUCCGACCUUCCCAGUGGGAGUUACAGGCAGUUUUGUCAGUUUUUUCUUCCGAGGAGCAGUUUUUUUUGCGUUUUAGUAAAAAAUUGCAGUAGAGCGCAAUUUUGAGAUUUGGGGUUAGUUUUUUUUUUUAGAUCGCAAUGUUUGCCAGUCCUGAUGUGUGCGUUCAGUUUGGUGAGUUUUGAAGCAAAAGUUACUGUUUUUAGUACUUUUUUGUCUUGAGGGGGGAAUUGCCAACUUCCUGUUGAUUUUUGCCCGAGAAUAUGCUAUUAUGUAAUCUAGGUCUAAGUCAGACCUACAUAAAGGUUUUUGUUUCAUGUCUCUCCGACCUUCCUAGUGGGAGUUACAGGCAGUCUAGUUUUUUUUUUUCGUAGGGGGCGCUAGAGCGCAAUUUUGAGUUUUGAGGUUUGGUUUUUUGCUAAAAAGUUUUGCCGUAUGUUACUGAUGUGUGUGUAAAAUUUGGUGAGUUUUGAAGUAUGUUAAGGGGGUCAAAUUACAGCGCAAAGUUGCGGAAGAAUAAUAAUAAUAGUAAACGAUCGAAAAACAAUAGGGUCCUCUGUCCCAUUGUAAAAGGACUCCCUUCGGGAUUCCUUUUACAAUGGGCCAUGCGGGCCCUAAUAAUAAUAGAUUUUAUUUGUAAAAAGCACUUUACAUUGAGCAAACAACCUCAAAGUGCUACAGUGUAUUAAAAUGAAUAAAUAAAUACAAAUAAAAACUAGAACAGCCUAAUAGCUAGAACUAGUAUACAUGUAUCUAAAAAAAGAAGGGUUUUUAAGCCUUUUUUUAAAAGCAUCCACAGUCUGUGGUGCCCUCAGGUGGUCAGGGAGAUCGUUCCACAGACUGUUAAAUUUGUAUUCAUAACCAGCUCCAUAAAACAUUUAAUAACUUAAAAACUAUAAUAGUUUGACCAAAAAUGUUUGCAGCACAAAGUUAUGAUUGCUACCACAAUAAUUACACAUUAGUACCGUCAAAUAGUAACUUAAAAAAAGUAAAAGCACAAAUGGAAAAAUUUUGCAGCACAAACGAAUGGGAUAAGAAGAUUUAAAAAAUGUUUACUUAAAAACCGUAACGGCAAAAAAUAAUUUUUUUCCGGCACAAAUGAAUAGGACAAGUUGGGGAGUUAUUGGCAUAGUAGGUGUCUAGUUAUGAUUAAUACCACAUUAAUUACACGUUAAUACCAUAAAACAUUCACUUAAAAAACGUAAAAGUGCAAAUGAACAUUUUUGCAGCACAAUCGAAUGGGUUAGGACAUUUUUGACAUAGGGUCUAGUCAUGCUAUUAAUAUGUUGAGCAUUGAGCAAAUUGAACUUUGAGCAAACAACCUCAAAGUGCAAAAAUGUAUUUAAAAAAAAAAAAAGAUAAUAAAAAUAAAAACUAGAACAGCCUAAUCGGUAGAACUAGUAUGCAUGUAUCUAUAAAAAAAAGAAAAAAAAAAAGCCUUUUUUAAAAAGAAGGGUUUUUAAGCCUUUUUUAAAAGCAUCCACAGUCUGUGGUGCCCUCAGGUGGUCAGGGAGAGUGUUCCACAGACUGUUAAAUUUGUAUUCAUAACCAGCUCCAUAAAACAUUUAAUAACUUAAAAACUAUAAUAGUUUGACCAAAAAUUAUAACAAAAAGUUAUGAUUGCUACCACAAUAAUUACACAUUAAUACGGUAAAAUAGUAACUUAAAAAAAGUAAAAACACAAAUGGAAAAUUUUGUGGUACAAACGAAUGGGACAAGUUUGGGGAGGUUUUGACAUAGUUAGGGUCGAGUUAUGAUUAAUAACACGUCAAGUACAUGUUAAUAAUUUUAAAACUAUAAUAGUUAGACCAUAACAUUUUUCAGCAUAAAUAAUUAGGACAUGUUUGGGGAAAUUUUGACAGUUAGGGUGGAGUUAUGAUUAAUAACCUGUCAAGUACAUGUUAAUUAUUUAAAAACUAUAAUAGUUAGACCAAAACAUUUUGCAGCAUACGGUAAAUAAAUAGGACGAGUUUGGGGAGAUUUUGACAUAGUUCGGGUCGAUUUAUUAUUAAUAACCCGUCAAGUACAUGUUAAUAAUUUUAAAACUAUAGUAGUUAGACCAAAACAUUUUGCAGCAUAAAUAAAUAGAACAAGUUUGGGGAGAUUUUGACAUAGUUCGGGUCGAUUUAUUAUUAAUAUCCCGUCAAGUACAUGUUAAUAAUUUUAAAACUAUAGUAGUUAGACCAAAAAAUUUUGCAGCGUAAAUAAAUAGGACAAGUUUGGGGAGAUUUUGACAGUUAGGGUUGAGUUAUGAUUAAUAACCUGUCAAGUACAUGUUAAUUAUUUAAAAAAUACAAUAGUUAGACCAAAAAAUUUUGCAGCAUAAAUAAAUAGAACAAGUUUGGGGAGAUUUUGACAUAGUUCGGGUCGAUUUAUGAUUAAUAACACGUUAAUAAUUUAAAAACUAUUAAUAGUUGCACCAAACACUUUUGAAGCAUGAAUGAUUAGGACAAGUUUGGGGGGCCAACUUGACCCAGGUGCACUUUGGACACCCCUGGUCUGGUCUUUGAUUGACAACAGUCAUCACGAUGAAGUGUAGCAAACAAAGGUCAGCCAUGACGCUUCCUCCUCCCAAAUAAGACAAAAGGACACAGAACAGGAUCACCCAAAAGAAGUCCACCAGACACUGGAUUUGUGCUCUCGCCAUGAGGUUUUAUGUUACUGCGGUCGUCACGGUUACGGCAUCUCGAUGUUUACUGCGUCUUUUCUCAACCGGUCUUUUUUGUGUCUUUUAUGGACUGGCUAGGCACAUUUAACGGUACACACACACACGUGUCGGUUUUAUGGACACGCAUUGUCCCGUUAACUCCAUUUUCAUCGUCAAAUGUUAAGUGCCUGCCUGAUGCUUUCACGUUAUUUGCAGCGACAAUCACUUUUUUUACUGUGACUUUUAAAAGACAAAAGCUUUUAUUUCUAGUUCAGAUUUGGCAUUGAAAUGCCAUUAUUCCAGAAUAAAUGUUACCACUUUUUA